AUGUCUACAUACGAUGUCAAGGGCAAAUUCGCCAUUGUUACUGGCGGAGGCUCAGGCAUCAACCAUGUCUUCGCGCAGAUGCUGCUGGAAGCCGGCUGCUCGGUGAUCCUCGCAGAUCUCAAGCUCACACCCAAUGCCGAAGCCACGGUGCAGAAGUACACCAAGGAAAGUGUCAGCUCCAACGGCGCCUACGCCAUCUUUCACGAGACGGACCUCGUCGACUGGAGUCAGAUCAACUCCUUGUGGGAGACAGCACUUAAGACAUUUCCUCAGAUCGACAUCGUAUGCAAUGGAGCAGGGCUUUAUGAGCCGCCUUCAAGCUCCUUCUGGACCCUCCCCGGCGUCUCUCCUUUAGCGGGAGACGACGCCAAUGCCAAGAUCGGCCAGUACAAGACUUUCAGCGUCAAUGCCAUCGCGCCGGUCCGCUUGGCCCAGAUCGCCAUCGACUACUGGCUCCAGAACCGCAACAUUCAAGGCAACCUUAUCUGGGUGGCUAGUCUGGGCGCAUAUGUCCACUCGGUUCACACACCAAUGUACUUCGCCAGUAAAGCCGCUUCCAUCAGCAUGGUGAAGAGUCUUGGCCGGCUCCACAAGGAAGUCGGAAUCAGAGUCGCGGCCGUCUGUCCCGGAGCGACCUACACCGAGAUCUUCCAGCCCGAGUACUGUCGCGACCGGAUCCGUCCUGAUGAUCUUACCAUGACGCCACAGCAACUUGCGGGUGUCAUGAUGCGUGUGCUCACGGAGCCAGAGUUCGGUGAUGGCAACAUCAUCGAGGCUAUGAUGCUGGGAAACAAGAAGGAAUCGUCAUUGGGAGUACGAGAGGUGCCAAUGCAUUUGCUCUACCCGUCUUGUGGGGCUGGUGAGGACCAUCAUCUGGUGGAGGAGGAAGAGAAAAUGGUGAAGAACCUCAAGGAACAUGGGAUGCGCGGCUAA